AUGCUGGCAGAUCCAGUUUCGUUUGCUUCGCCGGAUGCUUUGCGAACAUGGAUAUCCCGAAACACGCAGAUUCCCGUCCAGCGGCAGAUAUUAAUGACCGCGAGAGGGAAGAGCAUCAAAACCCAGAGCCUUGCGACGGAGAACGAGAUUUUUGUGUACGACAGACAAAACGUGAGCGAUCAAACCAGCAACGGAGCUCCCGAAACCCCUUCACCUCCUCUAUUCACACCGCAGGACCCUCCCGAUAUACUUGCGGACCGGAACAACCUACAAUCAUGGAAGGAUCUCUACAUGGCGCGUCGGUCGUGGGCACUCAACCUUGCCGCGCAGUGCAAUUCCAUGGCCAAGUCUGUAGACGAGCAUCAUGCACGGAUAGCAGUUAUUCGCCGUGGUGUGGCCGUCGCUCUAGAGAACUUAAAGUCCCAUGUCGGGAGCCUGGAGCAUAAGUUUCAGGAUACUCAAAACUGGGCCAACGGACUCGUCAAAGACCAGCAGUCAGCUCUCAAGGAUUGGCAACGCGCAUUUGGCAGCCUCGGUACCAUCCCCACUAAGAGAGAUUUCACCUUCUUACGACGCCCAGUACCGAAGAAGCCAAAGGAACAGCGUACGGGAACUUUACAGGAUUAUAUCGACACCGAGGAAAUGCAGAAUGCGGUGUCACAGGUAUCCACACAGUCGCAAAGCUUUGCCCAGCGUCUAGAUGACCUUGAGAAGACAGUCCGUAGUGUUUCUGCCCAGGCAGGGUCAUUGGAAAACGCCACAUCCCAGAACUAUUCUUCAGAAAUCGAACUGUCUUUCCUGGGAGAUAUAGAAAAGUACGCCAGGAAGAUCGCCACUGAUUAUACGUCCAUCUUAGCUUUACCAAAUGAUCCUGGGUCAAUAUCCAAUGUAUCGAAGAUAGCGUUGGUACAUACGAAAAAGAUCCUGCCAAAGAUGGUGGAUGCAAGCCUUGAUUUACGGAAUACGCUGAACUCUGUCAUAAAAGAUCGAAACGUGGCCAUGAAGGAUGCUGCUGUGCAUAUGCAAAUGAUUUCAUCGAUAGAAUUACGGCUGGCCAAGGCGCAGACCGAUAUUGCGGAAUUGGAUGUUGACACUGAUGCUUUCGACGUACUUUGCCUUGUUUACCACCUACCGUCUAUCUACGGAUCGAUUCUAAUCGAGUCCGCGCGUCGUCAUGAAUGGACUGACAAAAUGAAAACCGACUCGAGGGAUAUUGCUGAGGAGCUUGCUAUUUUCCGCGAUGAAGAACAACGUAGAAGGAGGAAAUGGGUUAAACGCAUGGGCGACUUUCUUACGCUGACUGACGAUAACGCUCCUUCUGUUGAAGUCAAUAUGCAGUCGGGAAAAGCUACGGUGUGGCCUGAAGUCUCUAGAGCUGACGUUGAGGAAUACAUCGAACUGGUCAGAACGAAAGAUGAUAUGGAUGACACCGUCCAGGAGUUGACACAGCUACUCAAAGAACUAGAUACCCCUAGCAGACAGCAGCGGCGGAGAACCAAAGCGUUCAAACAAGGUAGUCUGUUUGAAAUGGGCCGUAGUUCGUUCCUACUACGUGACAAUGAUGUCGUUCGCAGCCUUCAAGAGGAAAAGUCAAAGGUGGAGGAUAGGCUGAAAGGUUCUGAAAGUCGUGUGAGGAGGUUGGAGGAUCUCCUUCAUCGCCAAAGCCACAUAUCUCGCCCAGUCAGUGGGCAUUUUGGGCCAGACAUACCCACCUCUCCGGCCUCUCCACGAUUAGAAAAUGCACGGCUCGAUAAUGCAUCUCGAAGAUCCUCUUUUUCAUCGCGGCGCAUGUCAUCAAAUCAACCACAGGAUGACAGGGCACUCAUACAACGCAUUGUUGCGCUGGAGGCUGAGCUUACUGUAGAACGUGAUGCGAUAACCAAAAUGCAGCGUGAGACAAGCCUCGAACGUCAGGCCAAUGUCGACAAGAUUGAAGAAGCAGAACUUACCAAAAAGGACUUAAUGAGGAAUCUUGAAGCUAAACAGCGUGAAUUCGAAGAGGAACGGAGGUUUCUUGAAUCAGAAGGGGCUAAGUUCAAGUCCAGGGUCGAGGAGCUUGAAGAUGAAUUAGACAGGGCCAUGGAUUCACAUGAUCAUGAGAGACAUGAGACCGACGAAAAGAUCAAGUUACUGUACAAGGAGAUCGAAGCCGCCCGAGGCAAGAGCCAAGAGGAUGCUGCUAAAGUUGAUUCCGCAACACAGGCCCGUUGUUCUGAAUUGACGGAUCGGAACAAUGAAUUGGAGGAGGAGAUCCAGUCUCUUCACAAGAAGCAGAAGGAUUUAAUCCAAGGACUACAGUCCGCAUAUCAUAAUAUUUCCAACUCCUCACCUCCGGGUGACAUAGUGGACCUCGUCGAUGCCCUUUGUGUUGUUGUGGAAGGCCUGGUUAUACAUUCGAAGGGAUCAGAUGAAACUGUAGCACAACUGGGCGAGGAAAAUGACAAUUUAACCCAAAAAAUCGCACAAAUAGAGAAGGAUGCAGAAAUCACCAAGGCGCUGCUAGAGUCGAAACAAGCACAGACCUCCGAGCUCGAGGAACGACUCAAGGACUUCAAAUUCCAGCUUGAGGACGCAAAGUCAAGCCUGGAGAAGGAGCAAAAAGAGACAUCAUCCUUGAGGUCUACCCUUAACGCCGAGAAAGCUGAAAGAGAGGUAUCAGACAACCGCGCCAUGGAGGGAGAUCAGACGAUCACUGAGCUAAAGGAACGUCUACAACAUAUGGAAGAGGCUAAAAGCUCUGUUACAGCUGAGCUUCUGACAUGGAAGAGGAAAGUUGAAACCACUGAAGAUGGCGGCAAGUCUACUAGCUCAUGGUUUGACGCUCGAGGUGCUCGUGCUAGUGAUAUGUCAUUGAAAGUUCAUACCCUUGUUGAACAGCUAUCGCGGAUUCUAGAGGAACUAGGAUUCACAAUUGUCUCUCAGGACAAUUCUAUGACAAUCCAACGAACUUCCAGGGUAAUGAAUGGGCUUUCCGUCGGUGACAGCAUGGCAUCCUCGACGCUUAUACGCACAAUUCCAACACCUGAACAUGUGCAUUGGGCCAAAGCAGGAAACGAGGCAGACGAAUCGUCUCAAUUUUCUUCAUUUAUGGCUGCUGUUGAUCGCAUGGAUAUAGCGGCUUGCGGGGACGCAGUAAUCAAGAGAGUUAAAGACAUUGAAACUUUGGCUAGGAAAUGGCAAAAGGAAGCCCGAGGAUACCGAGACAAGUACCAUCGUGCUCAAAGCGAAGCCCACGACAAAAUUGCCUAUCGAUCAUUCAAGGAGGGCGAUCUCGCACUCUUCCUGCCUACGCGCAAUCAAGAAAUUCGAUCAUGGGCGGCAUUCAAUGUCGGAGCACCCCACUACUUCCUGCGAGAGCAGGAUGUUCAUAAACUGCAUACGCGGGAUUGGCUCCUCGCCCGAAUCACCAAGGCAGAGGAAAGAGUGGUUGACCUUUCGAAAUCUAUGAACGGGACAAACCAAGACCGCCUUUCGACGGGUGUUAAUGACGGCGCAUCAAUCGACGACGAUAAUCCCUUCGAGCUAUCAGAUGGUCUGAGAUGGUAUCUUUUGGAUGCAUCGGAGGAAAAACCACGAGCUCCCAGUACCCCAGGGCUUGGUAAGAGUACCGUUGCUUCUGCACAUGUUGACGCAAAGGGGAGUAUUCGGCUAAAGCGGACAACAUACGGCGGGGGGGCAACAAAGACUUUAUCGAAGAGCUUAGAUAGCAGACGGAACAGCUCGGCAUCGAGAAACGGUGUACCCGUACCUACACUUCAGCCCGCAUCAACAGGUGAAACCGUAUUGCCGUCGGAAGGGGAUCAAAGUGCGGAGGGCCGCAGAGAGGAGGCACAAAUAUUUAACGAGGUUCGCAGAGAUCUGUUAUCGGGUCCCUCAAAUGAAUCGAAUAAAUGA